AUAUGUCAUGUCAUUUGUCAUUAUACAAUUUUGUUGUAAUCAAAAAUUUAUCUAAAAGUUUAGCCGGAAAACGAUUACUUUAUAAAAAGGCAAAAUCACCCUCAACUACUUCUCAAUUCGGCAAUUUCAAUCUACCAGGGGCUUAUACGCAACUUUGUAACAUUUCCAAAAUGGAGCGCAACAUUGUACCUUCACGCUUUUCUUGUCUUAAAAUCGAAGAUGAUGAUUUUCAGCCAGUAGUUAACAAACAAACAAAGAAAAAAGCUGAUAAUAAGCAGCUGGUAAAGAAAGCGAUCGGAAAUGCUGGUAACAGAAAACCUGUAGAGAGACAGGAAUUAUCUUCUAAUGGUGCUUCCAAGAAGUCCAAGUCAAAAGCAAAACAUGAUAGCAAACAGUGGGAAGAAUGGCAAAAAAAAGAUGAUGAAUAUAUUAAUGAAAAUUUUGAACAAGAUCUCCAAAGUGCCAUAAUGCAAUCAAGACUGGAUUAUGAAAAUCACAAGAAGAAUUAUGCUCCAGAUAUCACUUCCAAAGGACAAGAAAAGCCAUCCAAGAAAAAGAAGACAAAAACUAUGUCUCUGGAUCAGUUCCUAGAAAAAGAUAAGAGUCCGACAUCUAAAACAGAGGAAAAAAAUAAAACACCUGAAAAUGAUGAAAAAUUUUUUGAAUCAGUAUUAAACUCAGCCAAAGAAGAACUCAGAAGAGAAAAGGUGGAACAAAACAGAAAAGAGAGGUCCAAUAACAUCGAGGAAGUGAUUUCCCUUGCUCAAGCUCAGGAUAAGCUUCAAAAAGAGAAAGAGAAAAAUGAGCAGCUUCAGAAAGAAUUAGAGGAAUCCAAAAAGGAGAUUACUUCUGUCAAAAAGAGAAAUAAGACUUUGUGUAGCAUGUUAAGCCAAGGAGAAAUGAAGGAUAAAGCUACACUCUUGUUAGAUCUGGAAAAAAUGACGACUGUAAAAGAAGAAUUGACUGAAGAACUAGCAAGGCUCCACAAGUUGCUGGAACAGGAGAGAUCCAAAUCUAGUGCUGCUUCAUCCAACUCUUUGCCUGAAUCUGAUAUUAAACAAAAGAACAAAAAGAAGAAAGGCUAAUGCUUAUUCGGAAUGCCUCUGUUUUGUAUAAGACUGCAUGUUUUUUUAUGUUUUUAAGUAUUAUAACGACUUUUUGUCUUAGUUUUUUAGUUGUUUUGUAUUUCAAAAAUUUAAAUAUUACUUUAAUUUUCUUUUCAGAGUAAGAGGUAAAACUUCUGCGUAACUAUUUUUUCGUGAUACUAGUUUUAAGGAUUUGUAUUUUCAUAUCUGUAACUUGAUAUAUUAAACAUUAUGUGUAA